CUUGAGUGGCAGAGUGAGGGUCGCCAGUUGACGAGGGACCCUCGCCUGCCUGGCUACGACUCCAAGUAGCGCUCGGAGUCGGUCGCGUCGUUUGGCAGGUCCCUCGUCGAACGCAGCGAUGUGGUCCAACGUUAUGCAGAUUACACAUGGAGAUGUGGGUCUGAUUCAUGCGCUGAGCUUUUGAAAAUCACCUGAGAUCCAUCUGUCAGCGACAUGCAUGUCAGGCGCACGAUUGUAUUUCCCAGGGUUCCGCGAGGGUUGUGCAACACUGAUGGACUUACCAACUUUGCGGCGUACAUCAGGGAUAAUUCCUCGUAUCAUCCGAGCCACUUCGGCUGGCUCAGUGCAGAAGUCUUUGCGAAAUGGCUCGCACACAAGUUGCUGGACUACCAGCAUAUAUUCAUCAUGGCCUGGAUGGGCUCAGGGACAGCUUUUCGAACUCGUUUGCGCUUUUUCGCUGCAGAUGAGGUCGAAUCCGGCGAACGGUCCGGGCAUGAUGUCAAGCUGACAAAGGGACAAUCCUCUUCGUGUCUUCCUGUGUAUGACCGGCACAGCUUUCCAACGACUCGAGGGGGCUGCCGCAUGGUGAUGCACAAACCCUUUGUUCGAACACCCCGCGCGACUGUACGCUCAUGUAGGGCUACGACAGGAUCACGCGAUACGCACAUGAGUUGUUGUGCGACGCUGACGUUGACGUUGUCGACAUACGCGUUCACGGAUGUUUGGCAGUCUCGAACAAGCUUUUCCUACCCUUCGUGAAGGUCACCGAAUCGUUCGAUCGUUGGCCAUAGGCGAAGGAUGUGGUCCAUGGGAAGCUACCUGAGACGUGUCAGUAGAGAGCCCGGCUUCGGCAACCGGCGACUUACGGACCUGGAACCUAAACUUCGAAGGA